UGUCUCUGGCUGCAGCCGGAGCUCCUAGUGUAGUCUUCACUGGUCUGCGUCUUCUGCUCCUGGAGGCCCAGCCUCUGUGGCCCCGUUACCUGCAGGUAUUGGGAGAUUCACAGCUAAGACGCCAGGACGCCCUGGAAGCCUAGAAAUGGGACCAUUGAUAUUUAUGGAUGUGGCCAUAGAAUUCUCUUUGGAGGAGUGGCAAUGCCUGGACACUGCACAGCAGAAUUUAUAUAGGCAUGUGAUGUUAGAGAACUACAGAAACCUGGUUUUCUUGGAUAUUGCUGUCUCUAAGCCAGACCUGAUUACCUGUCUGGAGCAAGGAAAAGAGCCCUGGAAUAUGAAGAGACAUGAGAUGGUAGCUAAACAUUUAGUUAUGUUUUAUUAUUUUGCCCAACACCUUGGGCCAGAGCAGAACAUAAGAGAUUCUUUCCAAAAAGUGACCCUAAGAAGAUAUAGAAAAUGUAGAUAUGAGAAUUUACAGUUAAGAAACGGCUGUAAAAGUGUGGUUGAGUGUAAACAGCACAAAGGAAAUUAUAGUGGACUUAACCAAUGUUUGAAAGCCACCUUGAGCAAAAUAUUUCAAUGUAAUAAAUAUGUAGAAGUUUUCCAUAAAAUUUCAAAUUCAAAUAUACAGAAGAUGAGACAUACUGAAAAUAAACAUUUUAAAUGUAAAGAAUGUGGCAAAAUAUUUUGCAUGCUUUCACACCCAAUUCAACAUAAAAGAAUCCAUAAUAGAGUGAAUUUCUACAAAUGCGAAGCAUGUGGAAGAGCCUUUAACUGGUCCUCAACCCUUAAUAAACAUAAGAGAAUUCAUACUGGAGAAAAACCUUACAAAUGUAAAGAAUGUGGCAAAGCCUUUAACCAGACCUCACACCUUAUUAGACAUAAGAGAAUUCAUACUGAAGAGAAACCCUACAGAUGUGAAGAAUGUGGCAAAGCCUUUAACCAGUCAUUGACCCUUAUUACACAUAAUAUAAUUCAUACUGGGGAAAUUCCCUACAAAUAUGAGAAAUGUGAUAGAGCUUUUAACCAAGCCUCAAAGCUUACUGAACAUAAGUUAAUUCAUACUGGAGAGAAACCCUACAAAUGUGAAGAAUGUGGCAAAGUUUUUAACCAGUUCUCAACCCAUACUACGCAUAAGAUCAUUCAUACUGGAGAGAAACAUUAUGAAUGUGAAGAAUGAGGCAAAGCUUUCAACCUAUACGUAAACCUUACUACACAUAAGAAAAUUGAUACUGGAGAGAAACCCUACAGGUGUGAAGAAUGUGGCAAAGCUUUUAAUCGAUCAUCAAACCUUACUGAACAUAAGAAAAUUUAUACUGGAGAAAAAUCCUACAAAUGUGAAGAAUGUGGCAAAGCUUUUAACUGAUCUUCAAACCUUACUAAACAUAAGAAAAUUCAUACUGGAGAGAAACCCUACAAAUGUGAAGAAUGUGGAAAAGCUUUUAGCCAGUUCUCAACCCUUACUACACAUAAAAUAAUUCAUACUGGAGAGAAACCAUAUAAAUGUGAAGAAUGAGGCAAAGCUUUCAACCUAUAUGUAAACCUUACUACACAUAAGAAAAUUGAUACUGGAGAGAAACCCUACAAGUGUGAAGAAUGUGGCAAAGCUUUUAACCAAGUGUCAACUCUUACUAUACAUAAAAGAAUUCAUACUGGAGAGAAACCUUACAAAUGUGAGGAAUGUGGCAAAAGUUUUUAUCGAUCCUCAAAACUUACUACACAUAAGAAAAUUCAUACAGGAGAGAAACCUUACAAAUGGGAAAAAUGUGGUAAAGCUUUUAACCAGUCUUCAACCCUUUCUACACAUAAGAUAAUUCACACUGGAGAGAAAUGCUACAAAUGUGAAGAAUGUGGCAAAGUUUUUAACUGAUCUUCAAACCUUACAGACCAUAAAAAGAUUCAUACAGGAGAGAAAUCCUAAUGUGAAGAAUGUGGCAAGGCCUUUAACCGGUCCUCAACGCUUACUAAACAUAAGGUAAUUCAUACUGGAGAGAAACUUUACAAACCUGAAAGAUGUGACAAUGAUUUUGACAACACCUCAAACUUUUCUAAACAUAAAGGAAAUCAUACUGGGGAGAAAUCCUAAAAAUAUGAAGAAUGGUACAAAGCCUUUAAAUGGUUGUCAUGCUUAAUUGUAGGUAAGAUAAUUUAUACUGGAGAAAACUCCCAGAAGUGUGAAGAAUGUGGCAAAACUUUAAUUUUCACACCUUAUAGC